ACCCCCAUUCAUCCCCCAACACAACACCGCCCUCUUUGCACUGAACAUCAACCAAGCAUUGUGGACGACGACGAUGAUGAAGCCAACCGCUCGUGGUCCUCUUUUCUUUGGCGUGGUGCUUCUGGUACUGGCCGCCUCCGGAGAGGCUUUCUUCGCGGCUGCCCGUGCUCCCGCCGUCUUCAAGUCCUGCGCUUUCAGGACCACCAAUACCAAUGUUAACGCCGUCCGCCACAGAGGACCGCAGGACCAGGAGGACCCGGAACUGAGCGUGUUCGACGCGGGCGAAACGCCAGUUUCUUGGGAAGACUACAAAAAGCAGAAGCCAGAUGAGUUCAAGCUAGACGCGGUGGACGAGAUGCAGUGCUGGAAGACGGACGAGUGUCCUGUCGAAGACGAGAAGAAGUUCACCAAGGCCUGGGAGAUACGCAGCGCCGAGAGGAACCCCACCAUGGAGACGCAUUUCGACAGCGAGGGCGAGUGGGAGGAAGAAAGCAAGGGUGCAUGGUGGAAGAAGUGGCACGAGGACGUCGGAGAGGACGACCUUCACGAGGACAUUGUGUCACCGGCAGCUAAGGACGGAUACGGCAUCUGAACUCUAGCCGCUAACAGCCAGCAGGGUUCGGCACCCAGGUCACCGGCGACAACAACACCUUCUCCCAUGAUGAAACAAAGUCGGCAUCUGACUGACGUCCAUCUACGAAUUCAGUGGUCGUGGUCGGCGCAGGCCGUGUGUAGGGAAUAUCGGUCACAACCUGUCGAGUCUCACAACACCACCGGCUGGGGCUUUGCGAAGGCAAGGGCAUGAUCGACAUAAAACCACGGUUUCAUACCCGCGCUACGGCGGUGUAUUCGAGCAGUUGCCCAACCGUUGUUCAUCAAGGCAACGUGAGAAGUGUCGGAAAAUAGGACAUCAUUGGUGCGUUUGUAUCUCAGCAGCAACAUACGAACUGCAUCGUCGCAACACCUGAGCAUCAACAACGUCAAGAUUUGGCUCCAAGAGGGCUUGACGGGGUUUGGGGGGUUAGGUGGGCCGUCUUGUUUUUCUGCGAGGACUUUUGCGUCUUUCUUUCCUUUUGGUUGUCAGUUCUACUCCCGAGGGUUUUCCUUUGUUGUUUGGUGAAGGCCCCAAGAGGGAUGGCAUACAAACACGGCACGUGGGUUUGAACGUGUAUUCAGGUGGUACUCAAUGUUUUACGCGAACGCCCAGUCAAUGUAUGUAAAUACAUGGCGCUACAUUCAACGUGCAGCGUUAGAGGAGGCAUCCCGACUCUGUCGUCCGCUGCUGUUUGUAUAUGAAUGGCCGUCGUCUCCUGGCCGUUGCACGUAAGUGGUCGCUUGAAUUUCGAAAGGUCGCGUUUGUCUGUGCUCGGCACGGUAAACCUACCUGUUGUCGCGAUGAACAAGGCUUUCGUAUAUCACGGGAGGCAUUUUAUGCAGGUCGAAUAGCGGAAGUGGGAGCACGGAGACAGCUGAUGUAAUGGUUCGAUUCACCUCUUGCGAACUGACAGAAAGAAAUGGGGUUUUCCCACGGGCAAGUUUCCGGGGGUGUUACGGGGGUCUUCGUCACUCUCCAACCUUUGGGGGAGUCUGAUCUCCAGACGAGCAAAGCGACACGAUGAUGGCUUGCUUCCAUCGAAGAUC